GAAGAAAACAUGGCUGGCUGUGCGGUCGCGGGCACAGAGUGGUUGUUAGGUAUUCCAGACAAUAUCUGUUUUACGUUUCUGCCGAAUCAUAAAAAUGUAUCAGAAAGUGUCUUAAAAAGAGGUCUAAAUUACUAUUUGCAAGUAUACAUUCAUAUAAUUAAAAUAAUGACACUAAAACUAAGUUGAUGGAAAUUACUGGCGAUUGAUGCGGUGUAGCGCUUGUUGCUAUUCGGAUGUCGUUAAGUACGCACUGGUGUUCACGCUGAUGAACUUCUAUAAUCGUCAUCGGCGUGUAGCGUAGAACACUAGUGCGUACUAACUUCAAAUACCGCUUAUAUUGGCACUUCGAUAGUCGACGUACACUAAGAUAGACCAGUUAUAUAUUUCUCGUUCCUAAGUGUCCGUAGGACCAGUUUGUCAUCUACCACGAAAUGUCUUCAGAUAAAAAUGAGGCGAAUUGCAGCCUUAUGGAAGUGGAAGAGGCGAGUGACGCCGCCAACCAACUUCAACCUGGUACGACGUUUACGUUUAUCCGGAAGGCACGGAUACUUUCAACAGGCGAAUUUCCAGCCCAACGCCAACUGGGAUUUAAAACAAACCAGCCUAUUCGCCUACGACUUACGGGUUUGCCAUCACCGCUGCCCACCGAGAUGAGGUUCUAUGUGGCGGAUAGAAUCCCAAAGAAUAAGCCAAUGAACGGAACUGUGGUCAUGGGACCAGAUUUGGAUGGCGUGUACGCCUGUUCCGUUAAGUAUCGAAAUCGAGAUGGACUUGAAAAACUGCUGGAGGUGGAAGCCGCGAAACAAGUUGUAGAUUCGUCUCCGUUUGCCAGUAGCGAUGUGAGAGUCUCGGGGAAGGGGCGUUCCGUCCAGAUUUCAUCCGAUAAGGAAGGGCGUUCCGCCCGUACUUCAUCCGCUAAGGAAGGGCAUUCUGCCCGUUCUAGUUGCAGCACACCUUGGGUGAAGGGACGUUCGAGUAGAUAUUCGGCAUCUUAUUCGGCGAAGAAUACAAUUCAGCGCCAGAAACAUUCAAGGCGUCCAUUCUUGUGCCCGGUAUCUGGUUGUGGCCUGGUGCAUGAUAACCCAAAGAAUCAUUUGGGGAGUCAUGUACCUAGGUUCAUGACUGAGGCAUCGGGGGACAUCUCUCCGGCGACGUCUGCUAAGCGGCAGGAGUACCUCGCUAAGUUGUGCUUUUUAGCUACACAGGACAAUGAUCUUACUGUGGCUAUGAAUAUGAUCAAUGAAGCGAGGUACAUUCAGCCUGGGUAUUCGAUCACCCAAAAACUUCGAUCCAUCAUGGAGGGGGUAGUUCAGGUUACCCAUGCUAGAAUGCCGGAAAACCCCAUCAAGAUGGUACCAAUCACCUCGCCGUUGGUGUUGUUACAUACACGGUGUUUACUGUUCUUGGUUAGUAAAACAAAGCGUGACCAGAUGACUGCUCUUAAUGAUGAGUAUAAGGAGGUUGAAGUGGGCCUACAAGUGGCGGAACAAGCUUGUAAUGAGUUACCUAUAGUAUAAAUCUCUUAACU